AUGAUUAGCGCAGAGUUCCCCCAGGGGCCGAACACUGGUGCCGGAAUAAAUCAGACAGUGAGCGGGACUGAGACUAGUCUGAGAUUGAGGGAGGAGAUCGGGUGGAGGAAUUCAGUGAGUGCAGUGUUUUACAAGCCAAUUACAGAUGCAACAGAAAUCAUGUCUGGGUACCUGUUUAAGUCUCCUCCCCCCAAGUUUCUUAAGUCAGAGUGGAAGAGACGCUACUUUGUUCUUUUUAAAACCAAUGAGCACGACUACCAGUUUAGAUACUUCAGGAGUGCAGAAGACAAGGGGACCCCACUUGGAAACAUAGAUCUGACACAGAUCUCCUUGUUAUAUGAGAGCCCUCAGCAUCACCAGAAAUGGCCAUGGGUCCAGAAGACAUUUAAAUGCUCCCCCUCAUGUGUGCUCUACAUCAGGGCAGGAAAUCGGGACUACUUCCUUAUUGGGGACACCAGCACGGAGGUGGAACGUUGGUUUAAAGCCCUGUAUGACGCCCUGAACAAUCGGCCUCAUAGACUUCUCAGUUCAGAGGAAAUCAGCAAUGGGCAGCCAACUGUUGACAGAAAGAAAUCCAACACUGAUAAUGACAGGGUAAGUCAGCAGUUAAUAAAACUCUGUUUUCUCCAGCCUGUGCCAUCACAGAAGAUGAGGUCCCUUUCUGACCCGUCCUCCAAUGCUGCAGAGGGAAACACAGAACUGGAUCCAGAUUACAGAUGGUCUUUCCCAUCCAAUCCAAUCGAGUCACUCUACGACAUUCCCAGAUAUGAACCGAUGAUAGCAUUUGAAUGCACUAAAGAACCUCGAGCAGACGACCGAGAAGUUGAAAUGGUUACCAAUGGCACCCUGAUGAGGUCCAUCUCUGCUGUCUAUGAAAAAUUCAAAGCACAGAGAUCAUCUUUUCUGAUAUCAGAGGACGCCCUCUCUGAAGACGGCGAUGACAAAAAUCAAUCUUCAGAUUUCAGCAACAGCUCCAGCAGUGCCAGUUCUCCUGUUGACACACCAGAGACAAAUGGGCUGGAAAAGCAAUACCUCUCUGAGAGCCCUGAGUGCCGCACCCAAGAGGAGAUAGAGUUCAUGGUGAAGCGUUCAGAUUUGAAAAACUACCUCACACUCACAGACUCAGAGGGGAAGCCAAGUGUGUCUGACUGGGCAGGACAGCCACAGUCCGUGUGCCUCUUCCACAAGGGGGACCAAGUCCUGGCAAUAAACGACCUUCACACCAGCAGUGUGGAGGACUUUAACAUGUUUGUCAGCAAGUCGCUAAAGAAGGAGGUGAAAGUGACCGUCCGCCGUCUGCAGGGAUCCAAGCCUUUGCAGGGACUGAGGCACUGACCAGAGAAACUUUCUGUGACAAUCUGUUCCAUCUACUAUUGGUCUUCAAGAAGUUUUAAACUAAAAGAUCUCAUACCUUAAAAUGUUUUAUUUCCUGGGUGUUGGAUUCCAUACCUGCAGUGUAUUGGGUUGCUGCCUUUAGAAGGAAGCAACAGGUGAAUGUCACAGUGAAAUGUAUUUCCUAAUUCCAUCUCAAUGGUGCAAUGUUUAACACCUUCCUUAUGCAAGCUCUUGUCUUUGAGCCAACAUUUUUAUGUUAUAUUCAUUUUUUCUUUGAUGCAUUUUUAUUAAUUAAUACAGUUUUGACACACUAGCCACCAAAAACUAAAACACAUAAAGUUUAAAGUCAGAAAUAUUUCUAGCUGGGGUUGCUUGUAAGGUAGAGCCAUCAAUAUAAUUUACAAAUUUCCAUUAACAACUUUAAGGGAAUGCCAGCAUGUAAACUGUCCCCUAAGACAAGGCUCAUUCUUGCUCCUUCUGCAACUACUCAUUUUUCAGAGCUAUGACCCAAAUGAAUGGCAUGUCUCCAAAAUCUCAAAAGGGGGAACCUGUUUGUAAGCAUUUAGUUACAUAACAGACAGAAAGGUUGACAUGUUUUAACUUAAGUUAUUAUGUAACUUCUUUUUUUUUUUUUUUUGAUGGACCCUGCUAGCAAUCAGUGGUUGUUUUAAAGUGAAACAAUAUAGAAAGAGACCAGUAUUACAUGCCUUCCUGCCCUCAGGGAGAGGUUAUAUAAAGGUAAAAUCCUGCCAUACCUUUCAGCUUUAAGUCACAGUUCUUUUAGAAACAGGAAAACAGCGUUUUGCCCCAACCAUAAAAAUGACAAUAUAGGUUCCAACAAUAUUUACCAAAGAUUGAGCAACAGUAUUCUGAAUAAGGUGCUCAAUCAGGCAAUUCCAUCCUUUGCAAAGGGUGCUGUUAGGUUUGGUUGUACUGGGAAAAUAAAAUUAAUACAAAUAAAAUGAUACAAUUAUUGACCAUCUCUAUUUAUUAGACUUUUUUUUAAGAAAAAAUUAUUAGAAAGCUUACAAAGUUGGAGAGUAAGAGAUGCAGAACUGAAUGAUUGAGGGCAUUCUUUCUCAAAUUAGAGUCUCAGAUCUUUGAUCAGGCAUACAUGAGCUCAAGGUCAACAUUUUGGCAAAGCAGUCUCUCUUAUGGUUUUCUGAUAGCUUGAAUGGAAAGAAGUGACACAGGUAUUUUAUCUUUAAGUGGGAAAAACAAGUUUGUUAGUCAUUGACUUCACCUUGUUCUUUAGUCUGCAUAUAUAGUUUCAUUUUAUUACAUUAAAAUGUAGCAGAAGCUGUGAAAUAAAAAUGUCUAA